GGAGAGAGCAAGUAUGCGUACCCAAGCGUUAUUUUGUCAUUUCAUCAAACAGUAAUAGGAUGAGCCAAGCUCAGUUGCCAGUCGAGAGAGAAACCAGCGACUUUGAGGAUACUACUACGAAGGAAAAUGGGAAGCAGAGCUUUGCUUCUACUGAAGGGAUUAUCUUGUUCCUCGCUACCCAAGAAGCUGCUUUUCCCAAAAGUCCUUCCUCCUCGUAACAUCAGUUGGGUUCGAACAAAUUGCUCGACACCCAAAAGCAGCGGCCUUCCUUUGGAGCCUCCGGACUUGCCACGCUUGGCCGAGACUGCUCGAAUUACUCUGACCCCUCAUGAGGUAGAAGAAUUUGCUCCCAAAAUUGGGCAAGUCAUAGAUUGGUUUGGACAGCUUCAAGCUGUUGAUCUUGAAACUGUGGAGCCCUCAAUCAGAGCAGAUACUGAAGGCGAUAGUUUCCGUGAAGAUAUUCCUGAAACGUUUGAGAACAGGGAGGCCAUGAUUGCUGCCGUUCCAAACUAUGAGGAGCCGUAUAUUAAAGUUCCCAAAGUCUUGAACAAGGAGUAGCACUAUUGCUAUUAGGAAAGAGUUCGCUUAGCUUUGAUCAGUCUCAGAUCUUGUUUUUCGAUGAUGGUUGGUUAUUAGGAAUUUGAAGGUAGUUUUAGCUUGAGGACAUAUCAGGGAAGAAGCCUUUCGCCUUGAACUUUUCGUAAUUUCAAGGAGUAUGUGCUCAACCAUCGUUUGUUGCUUACUAAGCGUUAGAGGAUGCAUUUUUAGACUUGAAAGAUGAGAUACCAUCCAAGCAUUUGCUUGUGGACACCGAGACAAGGAAUUGAAUUUCAAAGUAAUGUUCAAAAGUAUCCUUAACCACGACUGGUGCAGAACACCUCAGUAGGUCGAAGGUGGAAGACUGGUUGGGUUUACAUGUUAUGUGAAGCAGGAAGAGUCAUUGAUCACUUUUCAAGCUGAUACAUUGUUCUUGAAUCUCGUUUGUGCGUGUGGAGCGCGGAAAGGCAACUGAACUUGGGAAGAGAUUCAAGAACAGUAUGCACCCGGUGAUGGCUCCCGUGUACAGGACCUAGUCUAAGCCAAUACUUUUGAGUUUGAGUUUUAUUCAGUGAUGAAUUUUGAUGCUAUCUUCAUUGCUUUGUUCAUCACCGCACCUCAGAAACCAUAUGGUGUCUAGAAGGUUAGGUAACAAAGACGAAUGUUAGGGUGUUCAUGUCAAGGCAAAAGUGCGCGAGCCGUGUUAUUAUCUUGUUUUCUUCUAUUGUUAGAGGACCUCAACUGAAAUACAGGAUCCACAACUUUUAAUGUCCUCAAAUUAUACGUGUUUGCUGAGCCCCGCCAGAGUAAGAUGGGUUUAAAAAUCCGGUAACCCAUCCGGUCUGGCGGCUUGGUGUGGCUCGGCGGCUUUUAGUUGCAGCGCGUGCUAGGGUUUGAAAAUCUCUCUUUUUCUUCUCUUAUUCACACGUUCAAUUCAACACAAAUAUGAUGUAACGAUAACUAUUGCAAACGAUAAUUCAAGCCAAAUUUAAAUUUUGAAAACUGUGAAAUUAGAGUUCACGCCUCAUGGUGAAUGUUUCAUGCAAUCAAGGUCUAGAAAGUAUCAAAACUUGAAUCCAUGUUUUGAAUUGGGUGAUGAAUAUUGCGAACGAAUUUGUAGAAGUUCAUCCUCUUAUGCCAGAUUUUCAACUUAAAUUUGUUGUAUCUUGUCCAACAUAAAGAUUGAAAGGAGCAAAUUGAAUUAAUAGCAAGUAGAUAAUUCAAUAAAAGAUUCAAGACUCCUCUUGCUUAAAUUAUUGUAAUAGUUUCAAACUCUCUCAUCUCCAAAUAAUAGUAAAAAUUAAAAUUAAAAUUAAAA